AACAAAGCUGCGUCACCGUUCAGGAGGAGCAACUGUUCAAUCAUAGCCAGGCUCACACACGAGAAUCAUGGCUGGGCAACAUAAUGAACAUUACAUUUACCUCGCCAGUUUCACAUUUUGUAUGAUGUCUUAAUUCACCAGGUCGAGACCGAAAGGCUUUCCUCUGCGCUCCUUACAAGACUAAAAGAAAACUAAGUGUGGCGAUCGAGUCCGAGUCCUACGUCGAUUUCGGGGUUUUCUUGAGACGCAUGAGAUCCAGGAAUAUAUCUGCUUGUUGCAUCCAGGCUACCUGCUCACAAAAGACACAAAAGGUAGAGGGUAAACGUACAAGAUUACCUAUCUGUUUACCGGAGGUGUCACACAGCGUCCCCGGCACAUGAAUGAUUAACCUCUCCCACUGAUUUGAGGAUCUAUUCUGUCAUUCCCCAGCCCUGAUGCCCUUCUUUGAUUCUCAUUGGCUGCUUUCCCCAAUGGGGGUGGAGCUCAGCAUGGGGUAAGAGAGGUGCAAACUGCACACCUCAACAAGACAAGCUCAGGAGACCCGGUCUCUCAAUCAGAGGGCGUGGCCAUGGCACUGUUGUGGAGGAGGAUGAAGGUUCUGGUGACGGUGGUAAUGGUGAACCUCUUUAUCUUCAUUCUGAUCUCCCGAAACAAUGGCCAGGAAAAGGGGGAUCUAAACAAGGUCCACCUACCAACAAAACCCUUCUGGUCCAAGGUAGUCCCGAACCAGGCUUACUGGAACCUCCAGCAGCAGGUUCUGGACCUCCAGAACAACCCCAUCCUGACCGCUAACUACAGCACUGAUGACCUGCCCCAUUGGCUGAAUGACACGGCCUUGACCUCUGACCCGUGUCAUGCCGAUUUCAAGGUCACAACGCAGGUGAAAGACUACAACUCCCUACCUGGCCGCUUCAAGGACUUCCUUGUAUACAUGCGCUGCCGCUCCUAUCCCCUGCUGGUGGACCAACCUGACCUGUGCAUGGACCCCCCAUUCCUGCUUCUGGCCAUCAAAUCACUAGCGCCACAUUUUGACCGCCGCCAGGCCAUCCGUGAGUCCUGGGGGCGGUCAGGAGUCCUGGCCAAUCGGACCGUGAAGACGGUCUUCCUGCUGGGUAACACAUCGGAGGUGGACCAUCAUCCGGAUCUUUCCGACAUGCUGCGCUACGAGAGCUCCCGCCACCACGACAUCGUCCAGUGGGACUACCGUGACUCUUUCUUCAACCUGACCGUUAAAGAGGUGCUGUUUCUGGGCUGGAUAGAGACCCACUGCCCCGGAGCACAGUACAUCUUCAAGGGGGAUGACGAUGUCUUUGUGAACACCUACAGCAUCCUUCAGUUCCUCGGCGGCCUCUCCGCUCCCAAAGCCAAGGAUCUGUUUGUGGGGGAUGUGAUCACCAACGCCGGGCCCCACCGGGACAAAAAAGUCAAAUAUUUUAUCCCAGAAAGCAUGUAUGUGGGGGUGUACCCGCCGUACGCCGGGGGCGGGGGGUACCUCUACUCGGGGGAUCUGGCGGCCCGUCUGCACAACGUCUCGAAGCGCGUGGCACUCUAUCCCAUCGACGACGUGUACACAGGGAUGUGCCUCCGCAAGCUAGGUCUGGCCCCGGAGAAGCACAAAGGCUUCAGGACCUUCGACAUCGAGGAGAAGUAUCGGGCCAACCCCUGUGCCUACAAGAGCCUGAUGCUGGUUCACCCCCGAACCCCCCAGGAGAUGAUCAAGAUCUGGGCCUGGCUGAGUGACCCUCAUCUGAACUGCCAGUAGGCCAGGCAUUAGCCUUGUUUGUUCCACGUAACGGGGUCAAAACUGCUUUGUGUUUGCUUUGUGUGGAUGAUUGCUCACAAUUGCUGGACUUGCAAAGAAAGACUGUAGCCACCGAUGCAAACUUGCUGUUCUUUAAAGGUUCUGGGCCAAUAUUGUUUGAUGAUGAGGUCUUGAAGAUGGGCAGUGUUGAGUCGUCACAGAAUAACUGUCUUGAACACUAGGGGGUCACCAGGUGAUGAAUACAUUGUGCUCUUCAAAGUGAACGGGGAAGUGUAUCGGUAGCAAAGGCUUCCGUCUGAAGAAAUAGCCUCGAUAGUAUUUUGACUUGAUUCAUGCUAAGUUACAUUAUUGUACUUUGUGCACAUAUUUAUAUCACAACAUGGCCUUUAUGUUGCUUUAACAUGUGUGCUGGCUCCUCAAUUGUCUCUGAAUUCUGUUUUAUAGGAAGUUCUAAGCUUGAAGCUAUCUGGUCAACUAGGGCCCUCCUUCAGGACCUGCUUCUCUAAACCUCGCCUUGGCCUGAAGUACUCCUCAGCUACCGCAUAUAUAAUAAUGUCAGGUGAUCGAGUGGUUGCACAGUUAUGAACGUAUGACAUAUAUGCACUCCAACAUUGCAAAGAGAAAAAAUCUAAAUGGGUCAUAUUAUUUCACUUUCUAUAAAAUGUGCAAAACUCAAAUAAAAUUGCUGUUUAUUUGGUAAUAAUGAAAAAUCCACUGAAAGAGGCAAGUGAUCAUUGAAACAAAACAAUUUCCUUUCUUUUAAGGUGAAAUCGCUGAUUUGUGAAGUGAAAAAAUACCCACCUACUGGUAUAUCAGUCAGAAAUCAGUAACUUUUAACAUGAAUAUUUUUGCAGUGAGUCAACAGCCCAAGACAUGCUGGCUGCUUUUUCCACCGGCCACCCUCAGUAAAGAGUUCCCUGUAGAGUCAGGCACUCCCGUCCACACUCCUCCCCCCAAGUACCUCCAGUAGGACUCACUUCUGGACCUCCACACCCCUGCUGUAGUUGAGGAACUGUACAACAGUACGUCUUCAACAUUUAUACUUAAUUUUUUUAACCCAAAAAAAUAUUUUUUACUUGAUGUUUUCAUUUCAAUAAAAUAAAGUUGUACGAUUAUUAUAUACAAGUCAAAAAAGGUAUAGCAUCACACCAAAUUGCACUUUCUUCCAAAUUAGAGAUUUGUUCUGGUCUAAAAAUCCACAGCUCCCGUUCUUGGUUUCAGAUGGUAUGCUUUAGUGGCUGAGUUGAGAUGUUUGUUUGAGUAACAGGGAAGCCCUAUCCAGCUGGUCUGGACAUUGGGGAAAGCUAAAGAAAUCCAAAUGCUGUCAAUCUGUCGUCAGGUUCCUGUAGGUCCCAGUGACUGUUGCUGUACAUUAUCAAUGGUCGUAUUGAUUCUAGUGGUUGUUUUUUAACUAUCAAUGCAAAGCUUUAUUGCUGUAUAUAUUAUUAAAGGGCCUUAUGGAUGUUUUUUUUUUGUUAUUCUGCCUCUUCGCCACUCCUUUUGUUAUAAGUUUUCCAUGUCUUCAUUUGCCUCAUUCUUUUAGUCUUUUAAUUUGUUUUUGGUUUUUUUUGGUUUGUUUUUCUGCAUUUUGGUUUAGUUUGUUAGUUGUAUUUCCCCCCUCACUGACACGUGUACAAUUCAAACUUGACUAGGAAUGAAAAGGUGGCGAAGACGAGCUGCAUAGAUCUCGGUUAUGCUACACCCUGCUGGUCAGGUUAGUGAACUGCCACAGUGAACAGGUCUCCACCACCAUAGCCUUAUUGCUAGUGGGAUGCUGGUACCACUUGGUCUUUUAGCAUGCUUGAUUUAACACCUUGAAGCCUUCUUCAUGCCUCUGGUGCCUUUGCCUUCAGACCAAGUGAUCCAUCGUCUUGUUCUUUCCCCGACAGGAGCAAAAUACCAACUCAGGGUUAUAUAAUUGGUCAAGUUGUAUUUGGAUGGUGUAGAAGGAUGGACAAAUCACCAAAGUACUUUCAAAUCAUUAACACACACUUCAUUAAUUUAUAUUAACGUUCCUAACCCCAAUCAUGUAGUACAGACGAAAGUGGAACAAAUACUAAACAUUAUAGUAUAAAAUGUGAUAAAAGCUGAAAAUAAUGAGCACCUUAAACGUAUGUUCUGUCUUUCUAAAUAGCUUAAUGCUUCUUCACUUGGUAGAACCAACGUUUUCCCAGCAAUCUCAUCAUUUGGUGGCAGCUUGAAUUGUUUACGGGUUUUAAAUGGCUGCUUUUGCGUUGCCAUUUUAAGGGUCCUUUUGACACCACUGGUGAUCCAUGGCCUCUUUCUGAAUACACACACACACACACGUUCUAAAACACACAGGCAAACGCACACACGUUCUUAUAGACAAGUACAGAGAUUCCAUAGCAGUUGGGGAACAGAAAUGACAGGAAUGUUACAGAAAACCUACAGUAUUUAUUUAUUUUAUUUCUAUCAAAUGUUCUGCCAAUGUGUUGAGUCAGAACGUGCCGUUCUUCAUGUUCCCUUUGUGUUUACUUGAUGUGAGUGUAGAUUGCUAUGUUGGGCCAUUGUGUUUCCAGACAUUUUUCAAAAUUUUCAAAGUUGUGGAUAUCCAAUUGUCUAUGUCUAUAAAAUUAAACUUGGAAAAUUGGAUGUUUGGGAAUCAUUCCGUUCCUCCCGGACAACCUUUACAUGAAGAAGCCAUGAAUUCAGAGGCCUUGACUCCUUGGAACGCCCAAUAGUUUAGUUCACACCUGUUCCUCUCUGCAUCUGUAACUGUAUCACAACUCUGUAUUUAAAGCCUGUUGUUUAGUGUAAUACUUCAACAUCCACUGCACUAAUGAGCGAUGAUUACCAAAGUGUGACUGUUUGUUAGGUAUAUGAAUAUUCUAUGUCACGUGUUAUUGCUUUACAUGCUAGAAUAACUUGAUUAUUUCAAUAAAGUGUAUUUUGCCUUUUUUGUAA